AUGCCGCUCGCAGAUCUGAACAACGCCGGGCGUCGAGGUCUAGCUGAUUUGGAGAAAUCGUCUUCUGAAACGAACUCAGUAUGCGAGCCUGGCAAACCAUGCAAGUUUCUAGUUGACUGGAAUGGACCCAAUGAUCCAGAGAACCCACACAACUGGUCGACGUUCAAGAAAUCGUUUGUCAUGUUUGAGAUUUGUCUGAUCACUUUUACAAUCUAUAUCGGCUGCUCGAUCUAUUCGCCGGGUGUGGAUCAGAUUAUGCACGACUUUGAUGUCGGCUUUGUUGUUGCUAUGCUGCCGCUGUCGUUGUAUGUGGUUGGAUACGGGAUCUCACCGAUGAUAUUUGCUCCACUCUCAGAAGUCCCUAUCGUGGGCCGUAACUGGGUGUACAUGCCAACGCUACUUUUGUUUGUUAUACUCCAAGUGCCCACUGCGCUGGUGAAUAACAUAGGCGGCCUUGUCAUUCUUCGCUUUCUUGCUGGGCUCAUCGCUGCUCCUCCACUUGCUAACGGUGCCGCGUCGGUAGCGAUGGGCCCUUUUCUUGGAGCGAUCUUUACGCAAGUGCUGAACUGGAGAUACGCUAUCUGGCUACUGACAUGGAUGGCUGCGAUCACGUUUCUGCUUUUGCUGUUUUUGUUUCCAGAGACGAAUCAUGACACGAUUCUCUCGCGACGAGCUAGACGUCUUCGAAUUGCGACGGGAGAUGCCAGAUAUACGACCAGAUCUGAAAAAGAGUACGAGUCCUAUUCUACGAAAGAAUUCAUUAAAGACUCUCUAGUGCGACCGAUUGCAAUUGGAUUCUUUGAGCCCAUGAUAUUCUUGGUUAAUUCCUACACGGCUCUGGUGUAUGCCGUUUUCUACUCGUUUUUUGAAUCAUUUCCUUUGAUUUUCAGUGGAGUUUAUGGAUUCAAUCUGAUUGAAAUAGGCCUUUCUUAUCUGCCGAUUAUGAUUGGCAUUGGCCUCGGGUACUUUGUCUACGCCGCUGCUGUGAGAAUUUACUUGAUUCCUCGUUUGAAAGCAGAUAGCUCUCCCGAGACGGUGUUCAACAUCGCGUUUUUUGCUGCGCUUGUGUUGCCGCCUUCGGUGCUGUUGAUUGGAUGGUCAUCCACAAAGAAUGUUCACUGGAUCGUACCAAUGAUUGGCAUUGCAUUAUUCAAUGCUUCCGGAUACCAAAUCUUCCAGACGGUGUUCACCUACCUCGGAAUGUCGUACCCGCGAUUUCUGGCCUCGACAUUUGCAGGCAAUGAUCUUUUGCGGUCCACCUUUGCCGCAGCGUUUCCGCUGUUUUCAAGGGCGAUGUUUGUUAAUCUUGGAUCAGAGAAGUUUCCGGUCGGAUGGGGUAAUACUCUGCUAGCGGGCUUGCUUGCGGUGAUGAUCCUUAUUCCGGUGUUGCUGCUGAAAUUGGGGGAGAAGAUGAGAGCAGUGUCGAAGUAUGCUAAUUAGGCUGAGAAAACAUAGGCUUAUAUUCUUUUUAGCUAUUAUAUAAUAUAGAUUCGAUCAAAUAAUAGUCAUGCUAAGUAAAUAUACAGAAUUACUCAAAAUGGACAUGACUUACCCGGACGGUGGAUGACUCAAAGCUUAUAGGAGUCAUAGAAGAAAAAAAAUUGUAGAAAGCGUGG